AUGUACCUGAAGUUUGUAGAGAUCAUUUGUGAUGUGGAUCGGAAGAAGGCAUCCUUCCACGUUGGCAGCAAGAAAGACAGCUUGCAGGAGGUGAAGACGUUGGAGCUGCCCUACGAUGAAGAAGUUCGUUUGGCUGUGACAGGCUGGAGUGGAACACGAGUACGUCUUGAGCCCCCACAAAAAUGGAUGGGAGGUGAGGAGUCAGACUCUGACUCUGACUCCAAUGCAGAGGAGGACGAUCGAUUCUCCAACACCUGUGGCAAUGUGGUCCAACCAUCCACUUGGCACGUGGCAACCAUUUGUGUUGAUCUGGAGAAGCGGCAGGAAAUGCAGAUCAUUUUGGAUGGUGAGCAACAUUUGGUGGCUCGAGAUCCAAACCUCUUCGCGCCGGAAGGGCUUUUCAGCAUUGAUGCUGUCGAGGGCCUUGUUCUUUUUGGACGCCGCAGGGCUGGAAAGAUUGCGGAAAGGGAGUGGAGGCUUGGCGGCCAUUUGAGACAAAUGCGAAUGGAGUCGAAGUUCUUGAACAUAGCAGAGGCCUGGGGCCAGCAGCUUCCCAAAGGUGUCUGGGGUUGCCGGACCUGUGGCUCCAGAAGUGCCGCGGAUGUUCGAAUCUGCUGGAGUUGUCAUACAGCCAGGCAAAAAAGUGCAUCUAGGCCUCCGAAUGACGCGGAUCCGCGACAUGAUGGACUCACAGUGCUGGUUGCUGAUUCCUUCAAAGACUUGGUCCUGGAAUCAAAAGAGCACGUCUUUGUGCUCUUAUAUGCGCCUUGGUGCGAGGCAUGUCAAGAAGUUAAACCACACUGGAGAAAGCUUGCCAAGAUGCUGAAGGGAUCAAGCAAAAUCCGAAUUGCGAUGAUGGACUCGGACGAGAAUGAUGCGCCCAGUCGCUUUUUCCCAGAGUCCUUCAUCCCAAAUGUCAAGCUGUUCCUUGCAGGGAAAAAGGGCAAACCACUUGCAUGCAACUCUCGCGAGAGAACCUUUGAGUCCUAUGUGAAGUUCUUGGAAGAGCACACCAGUGUAAGUCUUGAGUCGGCUGCAGAGGAAUUCUACCCACAAUAUUGUGAAGUCAAUGGGGUUCCAGCCCUCGUGGAAGAAUUGCGACAAGCUGCGAUGAUACAGGAAUUGAAGUUGAUGCAGUGGAGACGGCCACCCUUGCAGACUUUGGCGUCAUUCCUUUACUCAUACUUGCUGGAUCCAAACGUGCAUUCCUCCGUUCCAAUCACUCCCAUAUCCGAUGCGAUCCCAGAAGAUGAGUCACACUUGGUAGCAGCCCCGGAACCUUCACCACAGCUCCAAAGGGGACCGACUGCACCAGAAGCAGCACGCCGGCUCUUGGCAACACCACAAUCCGCAGAGCCACCCAGGCUUGUGAGACAUGUCUCGCAACCAUCUGCUCCAGCAUUGUCGAGGGGGGUCUCGGGCCAGAGAUCACCUCCAUUGCUGCUGAGUCGGGUCAUUUCAACACCGCUUGAGCAGGUAGCAGAUCCACACAAGUUGGAAGAAGAGCUGAAGCGUGCGCACUUGUCUGAAUUGCUGGACAAAGAGUUGCAGACCGAGUUGAAGAAGGCACAGCCCGACAAUGUUCGGGACUUUGUGCGCAACUUCUGUUUGCGCAUGGCAACCCCAAAAUUCCAGCACCGCUUGUUCUUUAACGCACGUCUGGGGGUGUCAUGGAGAAUGGCUCCGCCGGCAACGUUGAUCACGAGCGCCACUCGCAUUUUUCGGUGCUUGAGGCGCUGGGUGAGACGGGAGCUAGCUCGCAUUGGGCGGAAGCCACGGGAGAUGGACCUUGCUUGGGCAGAGGCACGCAUUGCACCCAUGACUGCUGCAGCCCUGCGCAGCAACUGGCGAAGAGUCGAAGAUGCCAUUUGCAAAGAGACCAGCCGUGAGGCUGGAGUUUCAGCGUUGCAAAUUCUGCUUGAACGUGGCUUUGAUCCUAACGCGGCCCCAUUCAGGGUGUCGCCGCUGUUGCUGGCAGCUCUUGCAGGGAAUCUUCAUGCUGCACAAUUUCUGUACGUUCGUGGAGCCGACAUGCACCAGGGAGGAGGAGUUAGCCAGCAUCAGCAGUUGUUGCCAAUUGAUGGGGCGUCGGCAUGUGGAUUCAUUCGCCUUGUGGCCUUUUUCCGAGAGAACGGCUCCACUGGGGCUAGAGCGUUGCAUUUUGCAGCUAGUGGGGGGCAUCUUGAUGUUUGCAAGUACCUGCUUGCAACAGGGGUGAGUCCAGAUUUGAAGGCUGACAAAGGACUUUCAGCCUUCACGCUUGCCAUGUUGUGCGGGGAGUGCUUGGCUGCACUUGUGUUGCUGCCCCAUUGCUCGCCUGCAAAUCUUGAGGAGGCUUUGCCAGGAGAAGUUUGCUGGCGAGUAGGCUUAGCAGGUGGAUCCACUGUGCUGCAUUUGGCGGCGCAUUUGGGGGGAACCAGGGAGAGGCUCCUUGCUCCCAUCUUGGAACGGUGUCCUGUGCUUUUGAACCGUGCGAACUGGGCGCAGGAGAUUCCGGCAAUGCUGGCGCCGGCAAUGAUGCGACCUACUUUGCAGCCCCGAUCACUUCACGCCUUUGAAGCCCUUGGAGCUUGCCCCGAGGGUGCUGGCGUCGAGGACCGCAUCAAGGUUGCAACUGCCGGUGUUCUAGGUGAAGAUGCCAGUGCUACUGACGACCAGCUGAAGGGCGAAAUGUGUGUCAUUUGCAUGGAGGGCCCAUCAGAUGGUGACACACCCUUCACUCGCCUUUAUUGUGGCCAUUGCUUCCAUCGUGGUUGUUUGGGUGGCUGGCGCGCGGAGGGACAGAAUGGAGCAUCGUGUCCUGCCUGUCGCAAGCCGCUGCCAGAGCCAACAGCUCGUGCAGAGGCUGGGGGUAUCACACUGCUGGAGUUAGCAACGCUUGGCAACGACAACAACUUCGCAUCUUUGCUGCUCUCAGUGGGAGCCGGUGGCAAGGCGACAAAGAGUUCCGAAAUAACUUCUUUGAUGUGGGCUGCAGCCUCUGAGGGGCCUUGCACAACCAAUCUCUACCUUCGGAUGGGUUUGUGGAAUUUUGAACGUACUUCAAGUUUUGAGCCAACACCAUGGCAUGGAUAUUUACAGCCUUCGGCAUGCCGCCGGCCACCAGCUCGAGCCCGCAUUGGCAGGCAGCUUAAUGAUACAAUACCCUGCUCAAUCAUACUUGUUGGUGCAUUGGAGUUGCACAUUUGGCUGGGUGAGUUUGUUGAUGUUUAUUUCAAGGUUGUUUGA